CCUUCGUCGUUACUUUACAGUGCCACACCAUCACCAAGUUCCUCUUCUACUCAUGCGUGGAUCCCAACUGCUUCGAGUAGUAGCGGGCACAGUGGCGAUGCCACCAGCGCCGCGGGUAAUAAUAACGUUGCAAGGAAGGGUGCAGAUAUGUUAGGGUUGUAUAGAGAUACGGAUACGGUACGAUAUGGUGGGGCGGCUACGGGCGUGCACCAUCAAGCGUUGGAUAACAGUUAUACUGGCAGUUUCUGAUUUAUCCAAUCCGGCGACUCGUUUCCACUCUGUUUCUUUUCUCGAUUUUCUAGAUGGCUUCCUUUCAUUAACGGUGGAUCUUUGCGUCUUUAGGCGAACUGCCCCCUCGACUCAUGCUCUCGAAGCAGCGCAUACAUCCUCUUUGGGCACCGAUGGAACAGGAAGCACGGCUGGACUUGGAGGGGGUGGCGUGUCCCCACCCUCUCUCGGCGCGUCGCCAAGCGGCGCACAAGGACCCCUUUCUAUGUCAAUCGAACUUCCCCCAAUCCCAGUGCAACAUCACCUUGCCAAAGUGUACCUGCAAUGUGUACAUCCCAUUUUCCCCCUUCUCUCACGGACUUCUAUUCUCUCACGUGCUACCAAAUCUCGGACGCUCAUUUUGGCACUAUGUUCCUAUUGUGCUUGUUUGACUCCGUUUGAUGAUGAGGAUUCCAAUCCCAUAGCUAAGGCGAUGGGGACGGGUGAUGCCUCGAGGAUUGUGGCGGAUAUGUGGUACGAGCAAGCUAGGGCCAACGUUAUGAAUCAAAACGUGAGGAGAUCAGCGGAUUUGGAGACUAUUCAGGCGUUAUUGUUCUUGGCGCUGAGAGAUCAAGGACGAGGAAAGGAGAACCAGGCGUGGAUCCUUAUGGGCGUCGCUGUCCGCAUGAGCCAGGAUUUGGGCCUGCAUCUCAGCUCGUCGGCGUGGGUUGAAGUUUCGGAUGAGACGAAAGAUAUGCGAUGUCGAGUUUGGGGAGUUGUGUGCAUACUCGAUCUUUUAUUAUCCCUUCAGCUUGGAAGACCAUCUGUGAUCCUUGAUGCUCAGUGGGCGACUGAAAUCCCCAUAUCCAACCCUCCACCACCCGACGCUGGGCAUCCUCAAUCUCUCGAGAAUUUCAACACACCGGCACCGCAUUUCUUCUCACAUACUGCAUCCCUUUGUCUUGUCAUCUCUCAUAUCAACUUCCAGCUAUACCACAGCUCCAAAAAUAACUCAGAAGGCGACGGAAUUCCGAGUUUAGACAAGCUAGCUCCCCUCAAAGCUGAGCUUGACCAAUGGCAUGUUCGACUACCACCUGAACUACGCAUUUCGAUGGGCCAUUCGGCGAGCCUUCCAACGCUAGAUGUCAAUUUGCUUUACCAUGUUGCUAUCAUACUUAUGUAUCGACCAUUUCGGUCACAUCCUGCUGUCCCUAACGCUUUGCAAAUAACAUUAGAGGCUGCAUCUGCAUUCAACGUCUUGCUUUCGUAUUAUCCAACUGUUCAACGUUUCUCUCGCUCAAACCCUCACCUCAUAUACCUCGCCUUCACCAACUCCAUUGCUCACUUAUCCGGUAUCAAGAUGCUGAGAACAUCUCCGAGUCAAACACCAAGUUCAACAGCGAUCAACACUCAUAUACAUCUAAUUAAUUGCGUCGACGCCUUGAAAGAGAUGUCAUCCACUUGGCCGCUCGCCGAACGGUGUCAUCGGAUCAUGCUUGGGCUAAUGAAUGAUGAUGGCAUUUCGAUGAGUGCCCCGUCAUCAUCACAAGGGAGUUAUUCUGGCCACGAGGCGUCUGGUGCUCGACCAACAUUAAACCAGUCCGGUCCGAGCAACUUUUCCGCUUCAAAUGCCCCUGCUCCUCAAUACCACCCAAGUUUUAGUCGCCAUUCAGCGCAGGGUAGAGUGUCCCCAGACGGCUCAUCCGCAAAUAGCAUUGGUGCCCCAUGUUCACCCUCAUCUUCCCCUGAUCAUCAUCGUCGUCGCCGCCGAGUUGACGAAGGGACGUCAGAGUCAAAUAAGCGGCGGAGGAGCGUCUCAGGUUCGACCGCUCCAUCGUUCGACAUAUCCUCUCCCGCCUCCGCCGUUCGUUCCGAGAACUCGGGAAGUAGCCCGGCAUUCUUUUCAGUCCCUACUCAGGCCUCGUCCGGGUCUACGCCGAUUGCGCAAACUUAUAUGACGACUUGGGAUCGUACGGUGGCUACCAAUCCCUCUGAAAGGAAUGAGGCGGCGGAAACAACUGGUCACUCAGCUGCUGCCACAUCAUUCAAGGGUCUUGGUUUCGAGGGUUACAUACCCGAUUUUGAUAUCUUCUCUGGGACAGGCUGGACGGCUCCCAGCUCAAAUCCGGAAAAUGGGCAGUUGGAACCAUCAUCGUUUGCACCUCCGGGGGAGUAGUGUUUGAGCGAUUGAAACGAAAUGAGGAUCAUUAAUUUCAAUUCAUAUUCACAUUUUUAUUUCAUUUUGGUAGUUUGCUUGUGUUGUAAGAGUAUUAGAAUGCGAUGCGGAUCUGUGAUCCACUAUCUUG